AUGUUAUGCAUUCGUGACAUGGACAGCCAAGGUAUAUCCACCGCUGGGAGUUCAGAAUACUUCAACAAACUUAAAACCGUGUUUGAAGUGUGCGAUGAAAAGAAUGAUGGAUAUAUUACAAUUGAACAUUUCGAAAAUUUAAUCCGCGAACAUUUUGGAGGUGGAGAAAGCGAGGAAUUGUGUGGAAUCAUACAGUUCUUAGAUCCUGAUGGGAAAGGAAAGAUCAAUUUCAAUGAUUUCUGCCAAGGUGUACAGCGGAUUUUAUCAUUACCAAACCAAGGUGUAAACUCUGUCAAAAGGAACUGGUCAGAUGUAUCGGACGAUGAAGUAAACCUUGAGAAACACACAGAAUCUUCAGAAACAAGUACUAACACUUAUGCUGAGUAUGAUAUCAACACUGAUGAAGAUGGAGCCACAUCACUGCACAAUGACUUUUUCACUAUGGGGGUUGAUAGUUUUGACCUACAGUUACCUCCAUUGGUAACCUCUGAAGAUGACCGUGACAGUUUUAUCAGCGGCCGAUCUUCUGAAGUAACAGAAAACAGUCGGCAUGAUAUUACAGAUGAAGAUAAUUAUGAAGACUUUGGUGAAGGAGAGGAAUUAGAAUCCCAAUCAGAGGCGGAUACACCAUCUCAUACAAGAGGACACAUUAACUGUGUUAAGUGUAAAAAAGCUCGUCAUCGGAGAGACCUUUUGCCUCGUCAUCACAGACGGAUCUGGCCUAACAAGCGGCUUAGCUCGGCGGCCUAUGCCAGCCAACUACAACGAUCUAGCCAUAGUCCAUCCAGGAGAAAUAGCCUUGGUUCAGAUGAACUCAUUGACGAUAUUGAUGGCAAUUUUGAAGUAUUAAACGACAAGGUAAGCAUUUGA